AUGGACACUCCUGGGUUUGACCCAGCCCAUGGCGAAGCAAUCUUCCGAGAGAUCGUACGGGGAAUACAAACCAUACUCUCUAUUUCCCGGAUUGCCGGCUUCCUGUACUUCACAUGCAUCAACCAACCGCGCCUUGACUCCUUUGAUCAUCAAGUUUUUCGGCUAUCUCGUGCUCUGGCCGGCGAUGACUAUCUUCCAUGCAUGACUUUCAUUACUACGUUCUGGACGACCGACCAGCCUUCCCAACAGGCCAAUUUCAAUAGCCAGCUAGAGCGUCUCAAACAUACCUGGAGACAGGCGUUUGGUGUCCAGGAGCUGCACUGUUAUCAACACGGCCGAGGUUACAACGCAGCAUGGGAGCCGACCGACGCCUUCAUCAACUGGUUUGACGUCCCUGGUCGGAACCAGAUUGCACAGCAUGCCAAAGAGAUGAUUGCGAGGCGCUAUUGUGGCCCAGGUGCAUCGGCCGCAGAAGCAAGAACCCCAAAGAUCGUCCAGGAGCUCACACGCGGCAUCCCUAUCCAUGAAACAGAUGCUGGACGGAGUUUGGAGCUGCGACUAGCCCCUUCUGACACGAGGCCAAUGCCUGCCUCUAUUGAACAGCACCGAGAAGGCCCCCACCAGCAGAGCUCGAGCGCGACCUCGGACGCGAAUGCAGGGCCAUCUCGCGAAGAGGGACAUCAUACUGGCUCCCAAGAUAUACCACGAACUCGGCAAGACGCGCCGGGAAUUCCUCAAGCGCCCGAAAAUCCUUGGUAUUCGAAAGCACUUGAAUUCUUGUCUCCAUUGGUUCCAAACAACGUAAACUUCAGCUUCAAUGUUAGCGGUCCAGUGGGAGGUAUGGGGGGUCCAAGAGGAGUCAUGACAUCUCCUAUGGGGCCUAGGUCUCAAGAAAUGUCUUUUGACCGGUUGUCCUCCGUGGAUAUGCUGAAAGCCAACGGCUUUGAUUCUAGCCGAGAAGGCAGAUUGCGAUAUGCUGCUGAACGCGGAAUCGGAGGCCAGCCGUUCUCCGCGGAAUGGGGCGAAGCGAUUCGCCAGGAUGUUCUUCGACGCAACAGGUGA